GGCUGGGAGUAAAGCCCCACGGACUCCUACAGUCGCGGGGGCGGUGGGGUGAGGUGGCAAAGUAGGCGAGUUGACGGAUUUCCCUACAAACAAGAAGGGAGAAGCUCACUUGGUCCUAGCGAGAACGGGCUGGUACUUUCGUUUAAAGCCCACGUUUCCUCGGGGAACAGAAUUGCUAGACGCAAUAGUUAUAAUUAUUCAGUAUGUUCCCACUGACUGAGGAAAACAAGCAUGUGGCCCAGUUGUUGCUCAGUACUGGUACUUGUCCAAGAUGUAUCUUCAGAUUCUGUGGUGUGGAUUUUCAUGCACCUUACAAACUUCCAUACAAGGAGUUGCUCAAUGAACUACAGAAAUUUCUGGAAACUGAAAAAGAUGAAUUAAUUUUGGAAGUUAUGAACCCACCUCCCAAGAAAAUUCGACUGCAAGAACUGGAAGAUAGUAUUGAUAAUCUAAGUCAAAAUGGAGAGGGAAGGAUCUCUGUUAGUCAAGAUGGAAGCAUUGCUUCCAAGAACUCAAAUUUAAAUGUAUGUAAUGUAUGCCUAGGAAUUCUUCAAGAAUUCUGUGAGAAAGAUUUCAUUAAAAAGGUGUGCCAAAAGGUUGAGGCCUCUGGGUUUGAAUUCACCAGCUUGGUAUUUUCAGUCUCCUUCCCACCACAACUAUCUGUAAGAGAGCAUGCUGCAUGGUUGCUGGUAAAACAGGAAAUGGGAAAGCAGAGUCUGUCGCUGGGAAGAGAUGAUAUAGUUCAGCUAAAAGAAGCCUACAAAUGGAUAACUCACCCCCUGUUUUCAGAGGAACUGGGUGUUCCCAUUGAUGGAAAGAGCUUGUUUGAAGUGAGUGUGGUCUUUGCUCACCCAGAAACAGUUGAGGAUUGCCACUUCCUAGCUGCGAUAUGCCCAGAUUGUUUUAAGCCAGCCAAAAACAAACAGUCUGUAUUCACUAGAAUGGCAGUUAUGAAAGCCUUGAAUAAGAUAAAAGAAGAGGAUUUCCUUAAGCAGUUUCCUUGUCCUCCAAACUCACCAAAGGCUGUAUGCACUGUUCUUGAAAUUGAAUGUGCUCAUGGUGCUGUUUUUGUGGCUGGGAGGUAUAAUAAAUACUCCAGGAAUCUACCACAAACUCCUUGGAUAAUUGAUGGAGAAAGAAAGCUGGAAUCUUCAGUGGAAGAAUUAAUUUCAGAUCAUCUGUUGGCAGUAUUCAAAGCAGAGAGCGUCAGCCGUGGGACCUCAAGCCUCCAACCAUGUUCACUUCUCUACAGAUGUGGGAUGUAUGUGCCAGGGCAAACCAUCCACAGCUGCUGCUGGAAGGGCGGUACAGAUCCAACAGUUGGAAACAUUGGUCACCUCAGCACAGGUUUUAAUUUUUCAUCCUCUGGAAGAGAAGAUGUAGAUGUGAGAACAUUAGGAAAUGGAAGGCCCUUUGCAAUUGAGCUGGUGAAUCCUCAUAGAGUACAUUUCACUUCACAAGAAAUUAAGGAACUUCAGCAGAAAAUUAAUAACUCAUCUAACAAAAUCCAAGUACGUGACUUGCAGCUUGUCACAAGAGAGGCAAUAGGACAUAUGAAAGAAGGUGAAGAAGAAAAGACAAAGACCUACAGUGCCUUAAUAUGGACAGAUAAAGCGAUCCAGAAGAAAGACAUUGAAUUCCUAAAUGACAUAAAGGACUUAAAGAUCGACCAGAAAACACCUUUGCGCGUCCUUCACCGAAGGCCCCUGGCUGUGCGAGUUCGCGUCAUUCACUCCAUGGAGACGCAGUAUGUGGAUGAGCACCACUUCCGCCUCCGCUUGAAAACUCAGGCCGGCACCUACAUUAAAGAGUUUGUACAUGGAGACUUCGGGAGAACCAAGCCAAACAUUGGGUCCCUGAUGAAUGUGACCGCAGACAUUCUUGAGCUGGAUGUUGAGUCUGUAGAUGUUGACUGGCCACCUGCUCUGGAUGACUAGCUUUCAAAUUUGGAGACAAAGAGUAGGGUUUUCCUGGCAUGGUGUGGACAUCCACGGAGCACACGCCGUAAAAUGGCUGUUUACCCACCAUAACGGUGUCUUGGAAACCAUUUGGAUCAUAUUGAUCUAUAUAAUUGUUAAUUUGUUGUAACAUCUCAGGAUCUAUAUAUGUGUAUAUUUUGUGUUAAAUUGUUCCAAGGAUGUCUUACGAUUUUUCUCAUUCCCUCUCUCACCCCCACAAACCAAACUAUGAAUAAUGAAAUAAUUCUCCUUAAUUCUUUCAUUUAGAGAGGUACACAAACAGAACACAUUCUCUCUUAAGAAGCUUUAAUUUCAGCAAGAUUUCCCUCCACAAGAGACAUACUACCUUUAGAAUCAUGUUCUAAUUUUUAAAAAUUAUCUGAAUAAAAGUUAUAUCUAGAUUUAUACAGCAUAAUAUCCUAUAAUAUUCUAAGAUUGCAAAUGCAAAUCUGACAUUAUUAUUUUUCCCAGGAAGCCUCAAACGAGCUAUUACCAAUGAAGUACUUUUGGCUGUGAUUUGUCAUAAAUCUUAACCAAACUAUGAAUAACGAAAUAAUUCUCAUUAAUACUUUCAUUAAGGAAGAAUUUUGACAAUCUAAAAUUGUCAAUACAUUUUUCCUGUGGAGGGAAAGUAAAACCAUAGGAACCAAGGCAUGCCAUGGUAGGAGCCUUUCAUAAAUCUUUUAAAUAAGGAGAAACAAGUGCCUUUAAUAACUUCAAUCCCAGGGUUAAGAAUUUGAAAAAUUGAGAAUGCUAAACAAAGAGGAACUGAUAUUAUUUCAGAAUACUUCAAUAUAUUAUCCAAUUAUAAACAUUUUAAUGAUACCUUAUUAAAGUAGAUAGGAUAUUGUCUCCAUUUUAUAAAUAUGGAAACCAAAGACUAGAAGUUAAAUGACUUAUCCAAAAUUGUUAGCUACUUCUAUAUUGAGGACUAGAACUGAAGUUUCUUGGUCUCCAGGGUCUUUCUCAUAAGCCCUAUUAUUGAACACCUGUUUGUGUGAAGGGGCAGCUAUGGAUGCCAUUUAAACUCAUGUAACUGAGAAUUAACUUUUGGAAUGUAGUUACCAAAUCAAAGAGCUCACCAAAAAAUAGCCCAAGACUAUUUAAUGCAAUCAUAUAUAGUUACCAUUUGUUAUUAAGUUAAAGCUCAGUUGGUAUUACAAAGAGGAAAAACAUUAAGCUAAACCUAAAGAAAAUGAAUGGGUCAUUAAAUUUCAGAAAGGAGCCUUAUUACAAUUUCAGAUUUGAGUAUAAUUUCCAUCACCCUAAUUCAACUAUUUGAGCUUUUUUUAAAGAAUACAUGUAACUUGACUAGUAUUAGAUUACUUACCGUUUCCCAUCUCUGUAUUAAACAUAAAUCACAGAUACCAAGAUUCACUUUAGAUAUGAGGAAAAUGGUUUUAAUGGACACAAAGGAGUCAGCCACGUUGGAACCAACAUGGUUUCAUACCACGUUGAAACCAUGUGUUUGAUAUGUGAAUAACAGCAAAUACUUUUUUCACUAUUGUCAAUGCCAAUGCAUUGAAAUGCCCAGAAAAUGAGAAAAGGAUAACAAAUAAACUUUUGAUAAAAAGGUAAGAUUUUCUGUGUGGAUGUUUCUCAGUUUCUGGGAAAAUUUUGCUACAAAAGAGACUUAAAUAAUUUAGGAGGCAGUCUUUCGCAUGGUAUUUUUGGCUUAGCUUUGAAUUCAGUGGACCUGUAAUGUGUAAGAAUGAAGAACGUGCUUAGCAAACUGAAAUGAGAAGACUUCUAUUUCUUACAUUUCUAUUCCUGAGAUUAUACAAAAUUUCAAGCAAAGAGUAAGCAUUAGCUUUAAAUACUUCUUCCAAAUGUUCAUAGAAUUUUGAGACAAAGAUUGUUAAAAAUUAAUGUUUGUCUUUGUUUCAGGCAGAACUGGGAAUAUUAAGUAGUGAGAGUGCUACAAUUUCCCUUUUGCCUACAUAAAAGCAUUUUAAAAUUA